AUGAGUGAAGAAGGAAGGCCGUCCUCGCACCGACGCGACGAUGACGGCAACGACGACGAGGGUUGGGGUAGUGGCACUCGUGAUAAUGGGGAGAGUGGCGAAAACUUGGACGGACAAGAAGUGGCCAAUGAGAAGGCUGAGACUCUCAGGACCCUCCGCACUACAAACCCAAGACAUCUCCACUUUUUCAAGACGAAAUCAAACGACCUUGACCGCAUAGACGAAGUUGAAGAUGAUGAACCAGAGAUCAGCGCGACUUUGGCUGCCCUGGCGCCAAUAGAAGACAACAAUGACUCCAUGAAUCUUUCCAUCUCUCUCCAUGAUGUGUGA